AUGGCUCGAAACUCGCCAAUGCGGUGUUGCAAGGCGCGGGAUGCUCGUCAUUGCAUGUGCCUGUGGGCCAAAAUGCACGCACGUGCCCACUCUUGGCUCCCCAGGAUUUAUGUCCCACACUACGAAGAGCACUGCAACUGCUUCAGCUGUCGAUGGGUCCGCGAAACAGAACGUUCUUUCGUGCUGUCCCGAAUUCCAAAUGACCCGUCCCCAUACCCCGUCACCAACCCAACUCAUGAUCGAGUCCCGAAGACUCAGAGGAAGGACCUUCUGACUUGUGUCCCCAAACAUAACUUUCAAAUCAUGUACAUCUAUGCGAUAACACUCAAGGACGAGUCUUGGCACUGGGUCGUUGUCCUUCCCAAGCCCCUCAUACCUUUCUUGCUCACCGAUAAGAAGUAUUCCGAGGUCACGAGGUUUGCUCGACACCCGACGACAGGCUGGUUUGGCCUGACCGACAAAGGUCAGGUGAUCAACAUGCCUCAAACCAUGAAACCACCUUUAUAUAAUCCUCUGUAUCAGGAAUUUGGAUACCAUCCGGAUAGUAGUCCUUACAUUGUUCAACGACAAUGUCCUCAGGACCACGCUUGUGAGCACCAGGGUAACCCACCUGCUCAGAACAAAGACCAGUCUUCUUGUGAGGUCCUAUCCAACUGGCCUCCCUUGAAUGGGCGUAGACCAUGGGUUGUCCAUCCUCACUGCGCCAACCCGCAACUACCAUCCGAAUCCACGGUUUCCUCCAAUCAUUCCUGCUGUGUUCACAACGGGCAAUACUACGGGAAACGCCGAAGAAAUCAGUACACGGAUUGGCAUAAUACAACGAUCUUCGUGGGUGGGCUGCGGAAGAAGAUGACAGACGAUGAACUUCGCUUCUGGUUUAAAGGGUUUGGCGAGCUUCUGUACGUGAACAAGAAGGCAGAAGAAGAAGUCGGAGAAAAAGAAGAAAACAUAGUACAAGAAGGACAGGAUGAAGAAGGAGGGCAAGAAGGAGACGAAGGAUACACGUGUGGUUUUGUCCAAUUUGCUGACCGCAAGGUGGCCGAGAUGGCCAUGGCUCAGAUGCAGGGUUUUCCCAUCAAUGGCUGCCGUCUGCGCCUCUCAUGGGGACGUCGAUACAUCUUCACGGAUGAGAAGUCUCAGGAGGCCUAUAAGCUGGCAGUAAAGCAAGCUUACAAGGGAUACUUGGCCUUUUCGGAACGGAUACGACGUGGCGAGCCGAGACUCCCUGACGACCCGGAAUUCUGGCAGGAACCGGAUGCAAAACUGAUGGAGUAUGACGAUCCAGACCUGAAUGAAGGGGAUUGA